GGCUCUGUGGCUGCCCGGGGCAACGGAGGGGGCCGUGGCUGGACGGCGGAGCGGGGAGGUUUCUGUUCAGAUCGGGGAGCCCAGGCGUUCCAGCUCCCCGUACCGGGAUGGGCCGAGUCACGGGACUGGUGCCCUCCCGCUUCCUGACCUUGGUGGCCCAUCUCGUCAUCGUCAUCACCAUGUUCUGGUCAAGGGAAAUCAACGUCCGGGCCAGCCUGCCCCUUGAAUUUACCAAGGAGGAGUAUGACAGCCAAGACCGGCAGUUGGUGAUUGCUCUCUCUGUCACCCUUGGUCUCUUCGUGGUGGAACUGGCCGGCUUUUUCUCUGGCAUCUCCAUGUUCAACGGCACUCAAAGCCUUCUCUCCGUGGCAGCGCACGCCAGCGCCUCCGUGUCCCUGUCCUUCUUCAUCUUCGAGCGGUGGGAGUGCACUGCCUACUGGUACAUCUUCACUUUCUGCAGUGCCCUCCCGGCGGCCACCGAACUGGUUCUGUUCGUCGCCGUCUUCGGGCUGAAGAAGAAGCCGCUGUGAUGCCGGAGCGUGAGGAGGAGGAGGAGCCUUGGAGAGAAGCGGAGUCUGGGUGGGUGAAAGGGCCUUCGACUUCGGGAGAGAAGCCAGGCCCAGGCCACCAGAUGCCACGCGCUUCUCUUCCGUCUCCCCAGUGUGGCCAGCCCGGCCUGCCAGCUUUUUUUUUUUAUGAAAUAAAAUUCGACUUUUAUAUGAACUCCUCGA